UUGCUGCUGCCAAACCCAGGGGGAGAAUCACCCGUCUCCUAAUUUUAACCAGUAUGUGAGGGACCAGGGUGCCAUGACUGACCAGCUGAGCCGGCGGCAGAUCCGAGAAUACCAGCUCUACAGCCGGACCAGCGGCAAGCAUGUUCAGGUCACUGGGCGCCGCAUCUCCGCCACUGCUGAGGACGGCAACAAGUUUGCCAAGCUCAUAGUGGAAACAGAUACAUUUGGCAGCCGGGUUCGCAUCAAGGGGGCUGAGAGUGAGAAAUACAUCUGCAUGAGCAAGAGGGGAAAACUCAUUGGGAAGCCCAGCGGGAAGAGCAAAGACUGCGUGUUUACAGAGAUUGUGCUGGAGAAUAACUACACAGCCUUCCAGAAUGCCCGCCAUGAGGGCUGGUUCAUGGCUUUCACCCGCCAGGGCCGGCCCAGACAGGCAUCCCGCAGCCGGCAGAACCAGCGGGAGGCUCACUUCAUCAAGCGUCUCUACCAGGGCCAGCUACAGUUCCCCAACCACGGGGAAAGGCAAAAGCAGUUUGAGUUUGUGGGAUCAGCACCAACCCGCCGGACCAAGCGCACCCGGCGACCCCAGCCCCUCACGUAGUCGGGGGAAAGAGGGGGCACCCUGGCCCAGAACCAACUCUCCCACCCCCGUUCCUGUAACAAGGACUGGGGUGAGGGAGGGAAGGUCACCCCCAUCAGACUCACAGAGGAGGCCCAUG